AUGCUGCUCUGGGAAGAAUCAACGGAGUUGGAUCUUCUAAGAACGCUGGUGAAAGAACUGCAAAGCAAAAAUCGAAUAGCGGAAGAAAACAGUCAACUUUUGAGAGAAAAGGUGCAUUUCCUUGAAGAUAGAGUUGAUUAUCUAAAUAAAAAGGUCCAACAACACGAAAAUACCAAACAUCCAUCGGAUUCAGUGACAUCUAACGAGGAACCUCGCAAAAUCCAUAAUGUGGUUGCAAACAACGAAAUCGUAAUUCUGGAAAAUCUUAGUGCUGAACCAGUUGACGACAGUUUCGCACUGCCUGCGGCCAACUCCCCUGUCAUCGUGAAUUCAGCGCCCAUCGCUACUCGGACUGAGAAAGAUGAAGACAAAUGGAUAGAGGUUAGAAACCGAAAUACAAAUAAAAUCUCGGUCAGAAACAGACCUGUUGAUAAAUCCAGUCGACCUGAACCUUUGAGAGGCUCCAAUGUAAAUAUAUGCAGCCUUAGACCAGCAUCCAGAGUAUCAUCUUUGUUUUUAUCUGGCCUGGCACCAGAAGUUACUAGCGAAAGCGUGAAAAAUUUUCUGAAAGAAAACAACUUUAAUGAAUACACCUGCGAAAAAAUGAAAACCAAGAAAGGAAAGUACUGCAGCUCAUUUCGACUUACUGUUCCUCAUGAUGACAUUGAUAAAUAUUUAUGUCCGGAUCUGUGGCCAAGGGGCAUCCUAAUAAACCAUUUUCGGAACUUGCAGCGCCAAAAUAUGGUAAAGGAAAACCUAAACAGCAGGAAAUCUUCUUCGGGGAAUUUUGAUACCUUCUUGGAAUCAAUGGAGGGAAUAUUAACACAAUUGAGUAGGAAUAGGCAAAUUAUUCUUGCUGGGGAUUUCAAUGUAAUAUAG